AUAUUUGUAGAAUGGGGUGAAUAUUAUCUUAACUGUACAAGCAGCUCAUGUGACUAGACUUUUCUACGACUCAGAACCUGGAAGAUGGUGAUCUAGAUAUUUAUAAGAUUCGAUUUUAGUCUUAAGGGGUUUUAAUAUUUAGGAAGAGAUUUUUUGUUGAAGAUUUUGUUGUUUUUAGGUCAGGCUUUGAGUGGAUUGUAGUCCUUCUCUUCCCCCAUUUCUUUAAGGUAGUUUUGUCGUAGAUUUGUUUGGAUUAGAGGUUUAACUAGCUUGGAUCGUUUUAAAAUGUAUUCCAAUGCAGCAAGAAUUACUCGCUACGUCGUAAGACAAGGAUUCUCAAGCCAUCAAUGGCAAACAAAAAGGAUUGUUCCUUCUCAGUCUCUUAGACUUGUUCUUAGAAGUUUUUCCUCUGCUGUAACGAGGUUCGACAUCAGUCAGAUUGCUCCAAGUUCUGAUGCUUUUAUCAGCCGCCAUAUUGGACCAAGCGAAGAAGAACAGAAAGAAAUGCUUAAAGAAAUGGAGCUUGAGAAUAUGGAAGAAUUGAUAGAAAAGACAGUGCCUGCUGGUAUAAGACACAGAGAGGAACUCAAACUGGAUCAACCAUUAAGUGAACCAGACCUGUUGGUUAAACUUCGUGAAAUCUCCAAAGGCAAUCAAAUAUGGCGUUCAUAUAUUGGAAUGGGUUAUUACAACUGCCACGUUCCUACCACCAUCCUCAGAAAUAUACUGGAAAAUCCAGGAUGGACUACACCUUACACCCCUUAUCAACCUGAGCUGGCUCAAGGACGUCUGGAAUCAUUACUGAAUUUUCAAACAAUGGUCAGUGACCUUACAGCACUGGACAUUGCUAAUGCAUCACUCCUGGAUGAGGCAACUGCAGCUGCUGAAGCAAUGGCUCUUGCAUACAGAGCUAAUAAAAAGCCCAAGUUUUUUGUAGAUCGUAACUGUCAUCCUCAAGUCAUUGCUGUCGUGGAAACAAGAGCCAAGACGUUAGGCCCAGAUGGAAAUGGCAUUGAAAUUAUCAUUGGUGAUAAAAAUAGUUUUGACUUCUCUGGACAAGACGUCAGUGGUGUAUUGUUCCAGUAUCCUGAUACCUAUGGAAUGAUUGAUGAUUUUUCUGGGUUGGUGGAAAAAGCGCAUGCAGGAAAGGCUCUUGCAGUCUGUGCAACAGAUCUUUUAGCUUUGACUAUUCUCAGACCCCCAGGGGAAUUUGGUUGUGAUAUUGCUGUAGGGUCAACUCAAAGAUUUGGAGUUUCGCUUGGUUAUGGAGGUCCACAUGCAGGAUUUUUUGCCAUCCGUGACAUAGGCAAUUUGAAAAGAAUGGUACCUGGAAGAAUGGUUGGAGUGACCAGGGAUACACAUGAUGUUCCUUGCUACCGUCUUGCUCUGCAAACAAGAGAACAACAUAUCAGAAGAGAUAAGGCCACAAGCAACAUUUGCACAGCACAAGCAUUGUUAGCAAACAUGUCUGCAAUGUAUGCUGUCUACCAUGGACCCAAAGGCUUGAAGAACAUAGCAUUGAGAGUACAUAAUGCAACUUUACUCCUUGCCGAAGGGAUCAAGCAGGCUGGCCACCAAGUCAAUGAAAUGCAUCCUUAUUUUGAUACACUCAAGGUUGUGUCAGCCACUGGUGAUAUCUCAGAAAUACAGAAAAGAGCAGCAGAGAAGAAGAUAAACUUGAGAAAAAUUGAUGAACAAACAGUUGGAUUGUCCCUUGAUGAAACAGUCAAGGAACAAGACUUGAAUGACCUACUUUGGAUAUUUGGGUGCAAGUCAAAUGCUGUAGAAAUCAGUGGCAACCUCUCUGAAGUACCCCAGAACAGUCUUCUUCAUACUCCCUUUAAACGACUGAGCAGCUAUCUAACACACCCUGUGUUUAACAGUCAUCACUCAGAGACGAAUAUCGUUAGGUACAUGAAGCAGCUAGAGAAUAAAGAUCUUUCUUUGGUUCACUCCAUGAUAUCCUUGGGAUCCUGCACCAUGAAGUUGAACAGCACCACUGAAAUGAUGCCAAUAACUUGGCCUAGGUUUGCCGAUAUCCACCCCUUCGCACCAGUAGAACAAGCCGUAGGAUACUUAAAACUUUACCAGGAACUUGAACAAGAUUUUUGCGAGAUUACAGGAUUUGAUGCAGCAUGCUUCCAGCCAAAUAGUGGAGCACAAGGUGAAUACACAGGACUACGAGCUAUAAGAGCGUACCUUGAGCAUAUUGGACAAGAAAAAAGAAAGGUGUGUCUGAUUCCAGUUUCUGCCCAUGGCACCAAUCCUGCUAGUGCGCAGAUGGCAGGAUUCACAGUCAAGGUUAUUAAAGUUGACAGUGGUGGAAAUAUUGACCUGGAUGACCUGAAGAAACAGGCAGAGAAGUACAGUGCAGAGCUUGCAGCCAUUAUGGUUACCUAUCCAUCUACAAAUGGUAUAUUUGAAGCUGGAAUAAGAGAGAUUUGUGACUUGGUGCAUUACCAUGGAGGACAAGUGUAUCUGGAUGGAGCUAAUCUUAAUGCUCAGGUGGGUUUGUGCCGACCAGCAGACUAUGGUGCUGAUGUAAUGCACAGUAACUUGCACAAAACAUUCUGCAUCCCACAUGGAGGAGGAGGGCCUGGCAUGGGACCUAUUGGAGUCCGAAAGCAUCUUGUUCCUUUCCUUCCAUCACAUCCCGUCAUCGCACCAUCCAGUACAGUGGGACAGGGUGCCAAACCCUUUGGAGUCAUCUCGGCUGCACCUUAUGGCUCUAGUGCGAUCUUGACGAUUGCUUGGGCUUAUAUCAAAUUGAUGGGUGCCAAGGGACUGAAACAAGCUUCUGAGGUUGCUAUAUUAAAUGCAAACUACAUGGCCUCAAGGCUCAAAGAUCAUUAUGACGUACUGUUUGUUGGUGAUGGUUACUGUGCACAUGAGUUCAUUAUUGAUGCCAAAGAUUUUAAAAAGACAGCAGGAAUUGAAGCCAUGGACAUUGCAAAGAGACUUCAGGACUAUGGCUUCCAUGCUCCUACUGUCGCCUGGCCUGUAUCAACUGCUUUGAUGAUUGAGCCAACAGAGAGUGAAAGCAAAGCUGAGCUGGACCGACUUUGUGAUUCCCUAAUAUCUAUAAGAAAUGAAAUCAGAGACAUCCAAGAUGGAGUUAUGGACUCGAAAAAUAAUCCCCUCAAGAAUUCCCCUCAUCCACAAGAUGUUGUCAUGUCAGAUAAAUGGAGUUAUCCAUACAGCCGUGAAAUUGCAGCAUACCCUGCACCCUGGUUGAAAGGCACAACAAAGUUCUGGCCAGGCUGUGCAAGGGUAGACGACAAACACGGAGACCAAAAUCUCGUCUGCACAUGUCCACCAUUGGAAAGCUAUGACUAUGAGAAGACAAAGGCAUUCACAUAAAGAUUGUUAAUAUGAUAUAUUAUCCACCUCCAGCAACAAAUUAAAACACUCACAGGUUAAUAUGCUUUUGACCAGGAAUUUUUGGACCACAUAACAUAUGAAUAAGUCUUGCCGUCACCUUUGUCGCCUACACAAUUUUGCAGUGAAAGAAAGAAAAAAGAAAUGAGCAUUUGAAAAAUUCUAGAAUGCUUAUCUCAGACUUCAGUGUUUUUUAAUGGAAGAUCCAUGAACGAGCAACAUGUUACUUGCUAGAUCUAGUUCAGGAAUGAAGAAAUUAGCUCAAAGAAUUGUAAAUACCGAAGGCAGAUCAUUGUUUCCAAGCCCGGUUGAGUAAUGUGCUUUUGUCGCACACCGUUGGAUGGUGUUGGACAUACGCAGACUGCAGACUGAAGACUAGAUGUAUUUAAUAAUUAUUAUCGUUUUAAAUUUGUAUUACAUUUGCAAUGUAUUUUUUUCCUUACAAACCCAUUACAAAUUAUAUAAUAAAAGUAUAUAAAGCACC